ACAGGCAUGAUGGUGGACCUGCCAGAGCCUAGCCCAGGGGCCCAAAUUUGGACUAGAAGCAAGAAGAGGGUCCUCAGGGAAGAGGCCCAUCAGGGCACCAGCUCCCAGGCUGAGGGUGCUGCAGGGGCCAGCCAGGGGGCUCAGGGCUCUGGCACCGAGGCCCAUUUGGGGGUCCUGGAGCUGCCAGCUGUGAGCCAGAGCCAGGAUGCAAUUCCUGACCCCAGGCUCCACCUCCGGGUUUCCUCCAAAAGACUCCAGAUUUCUCUGCAGGACAUCUUAGCUGAAAGCUGGUCCAGGAAUCUUUGUAGCGUGUCUGUGAGUCUCCCAGAGAGAGCUCUAGUUGGCAGGGAGAGGCCGGCAGGGGUGGACGAGGCCGGCGGCCCCAGGCCCAGAGAAGCCAGAGAAGAAGGGAUGAGUUCUCUAGGGUGUGAUGGAAGAAGCCCCACCCUCAGCAAGGGGGAGCCCCCUGAAAAGGGCCUGCUGUCCUCUCCAGACUCAGCCACUGCAGAGCCAAGAAAGAAAAGCAGGAUGUGUGGGGCCCUUUCUGAGGGUGGGGAGGGGAUUGGUGGUCAGAGCCCUGGUGGGGACAGCCCCCAGUCUGUGGGAGGACCCCCCGAAGACGCUAACAUGGAGUCCUUGGGAGGCCCCCACAGUCCUCUCUCUCCCACUUGCUCUGGGCCUGGAGAUCCAAGUGGAAGUUGGGUGACCAGUGCCCUGCCCACUGUGGGGAAUGGGGCCUGGCCAGGCAGCCCCCGAGGCCCUGUCAGGCUCCUCCUGCCCAGUGCAGGGGAGUCUGUCUGUCUGGCCCCACGGGAUCCUCCACAGAGCCCUGCGCCAUGCUGGGGAGUGUGUGGAGAGGCUUCUGCAGAGCAGCCAGAAGCUGAGAACACCCUAGGGGCUGGCAGUGACCGUGGCCUUGCCCGUUCACACAGCCAGGAGGAGCUGGGGGUCGAGGCUCAGCCAGUGUCCAGGGGCAGGUGGGGACCGGGACCCCCUGCGGCUUCGGACACCCAGGCCAGCUCCCUAGAGCCCUUGGCCAGCCUCAGCUGCCCCCCGGAGCCUGUAGCCAGCAAGGCCCGCUCAGGCCCUUUCAGGGGAAUAUCUAAAUGGACAAAGAAGUUGAGGAGGGGCCCAGCGCCCGAUGCCCAGGCACGAGGCACAGACAGAAGCUCAGGCAACUCCAGCCAGGACCGGUCAGAGGAGUCCAGCUCAGGAGACUGCCCUAAACUGGUAAGCUGA